AUGGUGACGCUGACUGAGCUGCUGCAGGGGCCCUCCACGCUGGACGCGCUCGCGCACGCCGCGCUCAUCUUCACCGCCGGCGUCGCCAUCAUCGUCACCAACGUGCUCAUCAUCGCCACCUUCCUCAACCUGCGCGGGCCCACAGAAGUUAUCAACAUAUAUCUUCUCUCACUUGCUGUGGCUGACCUGUUAUGUGGCUUGCUGAUUGUGCCAUUAUCUGUAUAUCCAGCUGUUGUACAGCAGUGGGUGUAUGGAGACAUUGUCUGCCGGCUUGUUGGCUAUCUUGAGGUAACAUUGUGGAGUGUGAGCGUGUUCACCUUCAUGUGGAUCAGCGUUGACCGUUACCUGGCUGUGAGAAAACCUCUUCGGUAUGAAACAGUGCAGACAAAAACACGCUGUCGUUGCUGGAUGGUCUUCACUUGGGUAUCAGCCGCUAUGCUGUGUUGUCCGCCAUUGCUUGGUGUCAACAAACCAACAUUUGAUAAGGAUGCUUACAUAUGUGUGCUUGACUGGAGUAAUAUGGCAGCUUAUUCUGUUACAGUUGCCAUUCUGGUACUUGGCCCCAGUCUCAUAACUAUCAUUUACACAUAUUCUUACAUAUUCUCCACCAUGCGUAAAUUACGUAGUGGUGUUCCCAUCCAUGAUAAAGAGUAUGCAAGUGCACUAUCUGAGAAUCUUGCUAACCCAAGCCACAUUGUGUCAUUUGUGCUUGUGAUAGUAUUCUGGUUAUCAUGGGCACCGUAUGCAGGAAUUAAAUUGUAUGAACAUUUUACAGGAAACAGGAUUCAGAUACCAUAUUUACAUUUUGGAAUUGUUUGGCUUGGAAUACUUAAUUCUUUUUGGAAAUCUCUUAUACUAGUGGCACUAAGUCCCCAGUUCCGACUAGCAGCACGUCUUCUUUGUGUGACAGUAUGCUGUCGUUACAAAGGGCGGCUGCAAGGAGACCUGAUGGGCAUAGAUCUAGAUGAAUGACACAGCCAAUUGUACUUCUAAAACAGGGACUUUUAUUUCAUGCCCUACAUAGUGCGACUGUGACAUAAACACAUCUUUCUAUACCAGUUUACAUUAUUAAGUAUUAUUCACCAUUGGUCAUAAUGUUAAUAUUUAAUCUGCUACAAAACUACAAGAAGUGACAAGCAGCUGAGUAACCACUUGAGACUGUAUGACAUGUAUUAAAACGAGCUAUCUCAGAAUUAGUUUGAAUAAAGCAGUAUGACCAGUGUUCUGUGGCAGUGUAUAGAAGAAUUCGUGACUUCUGAUAUGUGCUUCAGGUAAUUCAUCCAGUGUAGCAUUUUAUUAAUGGCAAAUGUUAAAUUAAAGACUUCGGGAUGAGCUUUAAAAUACCUAUGACUGAACCUAAAAGAACUGUUCAUUUAUUCUGUGUGUAGUGCAUCUAGUGAAGAAGAAAACUUGAGCAUUGCUUGUUACAGUAUGAGGUAUCAAAGCUAAUGUUCUGAGUAAAGUGAAUAGUGCCCUUAGAUUGCUGAUGUGAUGUCAUUGUACAAAAUAUUUUGUGUAUAGCUAAAAUAAUGUACUUUUGGAAAAGCUUACUCCAAGAACAAUUCAAUUCCUACUUAUGACAUUACUGUGUUUAUUGUUGUCCUAACUAACUAGUUAAAAUGUUUCAUAAUAUGCAGCUGUACAUAAAAAAUGGAUGUUCCUAUUUUCUAAUAUUUAGAGCUGAAUGGAUAUUUAUGUGUACUAAAAGUGUUUCAUUUAUGUCAGAUGAAGUUUGUUAUAAUGUUAUUCUGUCUUUUAUCGACUAAUAUGUAAAGUGUUUCACUGUACAUUCUUUAUCUAGGGCUUUGGCUCAUUAUUUAAUUAUUGAUAAGGAUAAUGAAUGUUAAACUCAAAAUAGAAGGCCACAGACAGGGUUUCACUAUUGUUAAUUAAAUUUUAAUACAGCUGAGUGUAGUAAGCGAAAUGUUAAGCGAAGUUGAUGUGCCACAAUACAACUGUUGUGUCAUAUUUAGUUGAGGUAACUGUAUAAAGCCAAGAGCUCAGAUUUUUCAUUUUACUUUGAAAAUAUUAUGGCCAUUGAUUAUUAAAUUCAUGCAAGGAUAUCUUAAAACAAAUUUAUUGACAGUGCAUGUAGUCCAUUAUUUUAGAACAGUUAAUGCUUUUUUUUAACAUCAAUCCAUUACAGCAUUCACAUCAGAGUCAUCUUACAAUGUAAAUUAAUUUGUUACUUUCCUAUAGCAAUGAACUAAGCCACAAAUUUAAACGAGGAACACUGUGCUCAUAUUAAAGAACCUCAUGCUUCUACUCUUUUGAUUAGUGUGAAGCUAUAUAAAAACCCAUGCUUAGUAUCAACUUUCCUCUGUUCUCAAUCAAAAUAAAGGUGAGUUCUACACAUAAACAUUUACCUGUAACAUAUAUAAACUGCAUGAAUUACUGACAUUUUGCAAAUGCAAAAUCUGUAUGGCUGACAAUAUAUGUGAUGUGAAAGUGAAUUGUAGUGUAGAAUGAUGAUAAAUACACCUAUUUAUGGAAGAAGAUAUAUAAAUACAUUUAUAUUCUUGGAAUAAGAGAAAUGUAUUGUAUUUAGUAUAGAUUACAGGUAAUUUUUGUAACUAAAGUUGAAUAACCAUUUUUAUGUGUGAAAUGAAAAUAUAUUAUUUGCAAAAAGUUUUAGUGAAUUUUAGAAAAAGAAUCACUGUAAUGCACCUGAAAAAACACACUUGCAAAGAACACCCAAAUCAAGGAAUUUAUACUGUGUAACAGGCAAAGAAACAGGUAACACGCCUGUUCAAUAUGCCGAAAACAACUUGGGCAGUUGACAUGUCUCGUUUUACGCUGUCAGUCAGAUUUUUUUCACACAGGUAAUUUCAGUUCAAAUGGUCAGUAAAGCAGUCUAGUCCACAAACACAGACUUUUUGAAUUCACCUAAAAUGUAUGAGUCAGAAUUCAAUGAGGAAAAAUUAAAAAUACAUAACUAUAACAGAAAGUUUAUGAAUAUCAUAUAUUGGGGAAAACAUUUAAUUAUUUACAUAAAUGCUACUGUCCAUGACAUUUGGCACAACAGUUAUGAAGACAACUCAUUUAUCACUAAGCCCCAAUAUGUGUAAUGAAUAAUGUCAUGAGAAGCACACUAUAAAUUUUACAAAAAUUACACAGAAAAAAAUUAACUUUCAAACAAUUCACAAUUUUUAAAUUUUAUGCUGUUCUGCAAAUCAGGAUGAAUUCAAGCUUUCUGACCAUUAUAACUGGCAACUGUACAGACAUCUUAUGCACUAAUUUUUAUGAUUAAUUAAUUUUGCAUGUAUAGAAAUAAGGUUUAUAGUGACUGUACUGGUACAUUUUUGGGAGUACAAGAGAUAUCUGUGAAUUACUAAUUA